GCAUAACCAAUAAAUAUGUAAUUGUAAAUAGGAUAAACACUGCUUUUAAAUAAAGCAAUAAUAAUUACAGAAGUUGACAAAACUAAUAUCAUUAGUGAUACUUAUUAUAACCGAUGAAUUAAGCUGAAAAAAUUUGUAUUAAAUAGUCAUUAAUUGUCAAACGAUACCACGUGUUCCAUCAUUUGUGUUUAAGGUUAAAUUUUUCUAAUACUGAAUUUGUAAUUUUUAAAAUGGAAAAUACAGAUAUUGAAGGAUUUGCCGACCCCGAGAAAAUAAACGAUGAUGAGGAAGAAAAUGAAAUUACUAGUAUUAAAAAGAAAGCAUGUAGUAAGUCAGGAGGUUUUCAAUCGAUGGCCCUUAGCUACCCUGUAUUGAAAGGUAUUCUAAGAAGAGGAUAUAAAAUACCAACACCUAUACAGCGGAAAACAAUUCCAUUAGCAUUAGAAGGACGCGAUGUGGUUGCAAUGGCUAGAACUGGUAGUGGAAAAACAGCUUGCUUUCUGAUUCCCUUAUUUGAAAAACUUAAAGCAAGACAAACAAAAAUUGGGGCAAGAGCUUUAAUUUUAUCACCAACUCGAGAAUUGGCAUUACAAACAUUAAAGUUUAUAAAGGAAUUAGGGAGAUUCACAGGCUUACAAGCUGCCGUAAUAUUGGGAGGUGAUAAUAUGGAAAAUCAGUUCAGUACAAUACAUGGAAAUCCUGAUAUUUUAGUGGCAACACCAGGCAGAUUCUUACACAUAUGCAUUGAGAUGGAUUUACAAUUAAAUAGCAUUGAAUAUGUAGUUUUUGAUGAAGCUGAUAGAUUAUUUGAAAUGGGUUUUGGUGAACAGAUUAAUGAAAUUACAAAUAGAUUACCAGAAUCUAGACAAACAUUAUUAUUUUCUGCAACACUGCCCAAAGUUCUAGUAGAUUUUGCAAAGGCUGGAUUAACUGAUCCUGUUUUACUACGUUUGGAUGUUGACAGUAAAAUACCAGAGGAAUUAGCACUUUCAUUCAUUGUAUGCCGUCCAGAAGAGAAAUUAGCAGUACUGUUGUGUUUAUUAAAAAAUGUUAUCAAAAGUGAUUCUCAGACAGUAAUAUUUGCUGCAACAAUGCAUCAUGUGGAAUAUAUUCAUAUGGUAUUAGAUAAAGCAGGAAUUUCUAACACAUUUAUUUAUUCUAACUUGGAUCCAUCAGCUAGGAAGAUAAAUGCAGCUAAAUUUCAAACUAAUAAAGUUAAAGUACUGGUGGUAACAGAUGUUGCUGCCAGAGGUUUGGAUAUUCCACAUUUAGAUAACGUAAUCAAUUUUAAUUUCCCUGCUAAGUCCAAGCUCUUUGUACAUAGAGUAGGACGUUGUGCACGAGCUGGCCGAACUGGAACUGCUUAUAAUAUUAUAGGUCCAGAUGAAUAUGCUUACCUUCUAGAUUUACAUCUUUUCCUAAGUAGACCGUUACACAUUAUUCCACCUUCUGGCACUGCAGAAGGUACUGAAGGUGCUAUUGGUAAGAUGCCACAAUCAAUGAUAGAAGAAGAACUUGCUGAAUUGAUAAAUUGGCACAAUUCUUCCACAGAUCUGCAAAAUAUGGAGAAAGUUUGUGAGAACGCAUACAAACAAUACAUUCGAUCACGACCGACAGCUUCGUCAGAAAGUAUUAAGAGAGUGAAAGAAUUAAAUAUUAAUCAAGCAGGUGUUAUACCAGAAUAUUCUGAUGUUUCCUCUAAUACUCUGAAUUUGUUGUCGAAAAUAGUAAAUUAUAGACCACAAGGAACGAUAUUUGAAAUUGGAGCAAAAGCAUCCUCCACUGACUAUCAGGUCAUGAAGACAAAACGCUCAUUGCAUAAACAAAAUAUUAAAAAUUUUUAUAGGAAAACAGAAGAGUUAAUAUCUAAGAAAAAGUUAGAAGAAUCAUCAAAAAAAGUAGAUCUCCCCUCAAGUACAGCAGAUGAGAUUAACGCAACAUUUAAUACAAUUGUUCUCCCAAAGAAAAGAAAUUUCAAUGAUUUGUAUAAACCACCUAAAAAGAAAAAGCGAUCCGUAACGCGAGAUGAAGACUUUUUCAUUCCAUAUGCUGCUCCAGACAAACAUACAGAAGAUGGUUUAGCUGUUAAUUCUUUCAACACGGAAGCAGACAAAGUACAAAUGGAUCUAACCGCGGAUAAUGAAGAAUCCCAACGUCUUCACUCGCAACUCAAAAAAUGGGACCGCAAGAAAAAGAAAAUGAUCACGAUUGAUGACGGUGGAAAGGCUAAGAAAAUACGUACAGAGUCUGGUGUUUGGAUACCUGCUAGUUACAAAACAAAUCGUUAUUCGGCCUGGAAAGAAAAGAGCAAAGCAGACGCAGCAAGCGACGAUGACAGCGAAGAUGAUACUUCACAAAGGAAAAAAUAUCAACCACCAAAUUGGUCACGUCGCAACAAGAAGACGAAAGAAAAGAUUAAACCAAAUAAGGAAUUAAAGAGACCAGAACAGAUUCUGAAAGCACGGAAAUUAUUAGAAAGAAAGCGCCAUAGAAAUAAUGGGAAAGGUCGGAAAGGUCAAAAGAAGGGCGGUAAAAGACAUUGAAGGGUUCUUAAUGUAAAAAUUGUUGAUAUUAAAUUCUUUUAUAUUGAAACCCAUCGA